UGCGGAUCCCGGUCUGGCGACGCAGGUUACCGAACCGGGUGGGAAAGGCCUUAGGCCCAAAGGCCUGGCGGGAUGAAGAGAGGAUCUGCUACCCUGCUGGAUGGGGUCGGACGGCUCCCUUGCCCCCAUCCUGGGUCUUGAGUGACGAGGUUUCACCAGAGCAAGGCCAUAGGCAGACUGCCAUCGGGAGCCGGCGGCAGACCCUGUAGGGGUGGAGCCUGGGUUUUGGAAUGCCCCAACUUGUUAUGAGAGAACUGAAGUGUUUAAUAGGCAUUUACUGAAUGCCCCCUACUCCCAUGCUUCGUGCGAGGAGCUGUGGGGGAUGCGGUGAUAAGACACUCCUGUCCCAUCUUCUGUUUGGAGAACAGAUUUGUAUGUAAAUAAUAAAAGGCAGUGAAUUAAGGGGAGUGGGAGGUUGGUUUUUUCCUUUAAAAAUGGCCAUUUAUUAUUAAGUCAGUUCGCAUUCUGGCAUAAUGAAAUGUGGAAACUAAUUUUCUGAACAGAUGACAAAUCCUAAAUAAUUUGAAGGAAAAAUUUUAGGUGAAAGCACAGUAAAGUGUUGGUUACUAAGUAGUGUCCUCUAAUUCUGGUCAACGUUAAUUAAUAGAAGAAACUCUUCAUCUUGAAAAAUUGAAGCAAAAAUAUUCCAAAACAUGUUCUCGUAUUUUUCACUUGUGUUAAGUAGAAGACAUUACGGACUUUUCUUUAGAGGUUGAAGAGAAUGCUGUGCCUUAGUCAUUAUUGGUAAUUUGUUGUCCUAGUAUGUGUUGUUGUGCCUUAGAUGUUGUAAAAGGCUGGGCAGAACUUGCUUUUCGUUUGCCUAAACUCUUGUGAUUUCUGUGGCGACGGUGGUUGGCCGUAAGCUAAUAGUUAAGAGGGAGAAGAGAAGGAAUUUUAGAGAAAAUCCCCUAAGCCAAAGGAAGGCGUUCACUCUUCCUUCUAACUCUCCUGGAAAUCUCAGCAAAUUUGGGAAGAUUGACCUGGCCACCACAGCCAGCUUGGUUACCUUACAGGAUCAUGGAUUUUCCUGGUCACUUUGAACAAAUCUUCCAGCAGCUGAACUACCAGAGACUUCAUGGCCAGCUCUGUGAUUGUGUCAUUGUAGUGGGGAAUAGACACUUUAAAGCCCACCGCUCCGUGCUAGCAGCAUGCAGCACACAUUUCCGAGCACUGUUCUCAGUGGCAGAAGGAGAUCAGACCAUGAACAUGAUCCAGCUGGAUAGCGAGGUGGUGACAGCAGAGGCCUUUGCUGCACUGAUUGACAUGAUGUAUACCUCCACCCUCAUGCUAGGGGAGAGCAAUGUUAUGGAUGUCUUAUUGGCAGCCUCUCACCUGCAUUUGAACUCUGUUGUUAAGGCAUGUAAACAUUACCUAACAACAAGGACGCUGCCCAUGUCUCCCCCCAGUGAGCGUGUUCAGGAGCAGAGCGCCCGCAUGCAGCGCUCCUUUAUGUUACAGCAGCUGGGACUAAGCAUCGUGAGUUCAGCCCUCAAUUCCAGCCAGACUGGUGAGGAGCAGCCAGCCCCCAUGAGCUCUUCCAUGCGCAGUAACCUGGAUCAGCGCACGCCCUUCCCCAUGAGACGUCUUCAUAAGCGCAAGCAGUCUGCAGAGGAGCGGGCCAGGCAGCGCCUGCGACCCUCCAUGGAAGAGUCUGCCAUUUCAGAUGUUACACCAGAGAAUGGGCCUCCGGGGGUUCAUUCUCGGGAGGAGUUCUUUUCACCAGAUUCUCUCAAAAUUGUGGAUAAUCCUAAAGCCGAUGGAAUGACUGAUAACCAGGAAGACAGUGCUAUCAUAUUUGAUCAGUCUUUUGGCACUCAAGAAGAUGCCCAGGUGCCCAGCCAGUCUGACAACAGUGCUGGCAACAUGGCACAGUUGUCUAUGGCCUCUCGUGCAACUCAGGUUGAGACUAGUUUUGAUCAGGAAGCUGCAACUGAGAAAAGUAGUUUUCAGUGUGAAAAUCCUGAGGUUGGCCUCAGUGAGAAGGAGCACAUGAGAGUGGUAGUUAAAUCUGAGCCCCUGAGCUCGCCUGAGCCUCAGGAUGAAGUGAGUGAUGUGACCUCACAAGCAGAAGGCAGUGAGUCUGUGGAAGUGGAAGGAGUUGUGGUCAGUGCUGAGAAGAUAGACCUCAGCCCUGAAAGCAGUGAUCGGAGUUUUUCAGAUCCCCAGUCUAGCACAGACAGGGUAGGUGAUAUCCACAUUUUGGAAGUCACAAAUAACCUAGAGCAUAAGUCCACUUUUAGUAUUUCAAACUUUCUUAACAAGAGCAGAGGAAAUAACUUUACUGCAAAUCAGAACAAUGAUGAUAAUAUCCCAAAUACCACUAGUGACUGCAGGCUGGAGAGCGAGGCCCCCUAUUUGUUGAGUCCAGAGGCUGGGCCUGCAGGUGGCCCCUCCUCUGCCCCUGGCUCCCAUGUAGAGAACCCAUUUAGUGAACCUACAGACUCCCACUUCGUCAGGCCUAUGCAGGAGGUGAUGGGCCUGCCGUGUGUGCAGACUUCAGGCUACCAAGGAGAACAGUUUGGGAUGGACUUUUCCAGGUCUAGUUUGGGCCUCCACUCCUCAUUCUCCAGGGUAAUGAUAGGUUCCCCAAGGGGAGCAGCCAGUAACUUUCCAUACUACCGCCGCAUAGCUCCCAAAAUGCCAGUUGUAACUUCCGUCAGGAGCUCACAGAUCCCAGAAAACUCUCCCAGUUCCCAGCUAAUGAUGAAUGGAGCUACAUCCUCAUUUGAAAAUGGCCAUCCUUCCCAGUCUGGCCCUCCACAGUUGACCAGGGCAUCUGCUGAUGUCCUGUCAAAGUGUAAGAAGGCCUUAUCAGAGCACAAUGUUUUGGUUGUAGAGGGAGCUCGCAAGUAUGCCUGCAAAAUCUGCUGCAAAACUUUUCUGACUUUGACAGAUUGCAAGAAGCACAUCCGUGUUCACACAGGUGAAAAGCCCUAUGCCUGCCUGAAGUGUGGCAAGAGGUUUAGUCAGUCCAGCCACCUGUAUAAGCACUCAAAGACUACCUGCCUGCGCUGGCAGAGCAGCAAUCUUCCCAGCACUUUGCUCUAGCUGUUUGUCCUCCCAAGACAAUGCUGAGGCCAGUUGUCGGACUGAAUUUCUUUUGGUAAGCAAUUAAUGCCUUUGGGUUCGAGGCUUUCAGCUGCCCAGUGGCUCCUAAACAGUUCAGCAACUAAUAACUGGAGAACUAAUGUGUAGUAUUUGUGCUGCCGCAUUUCUGAGUGAAGUGCACAUCUUGGGAAAGGGAUGCAAUCCCUGAAACCAGGUUCUUCCUUAGGGUUGAGUAAUGCAGUCAGAAAAUAGUUUGUAAUUGAUGGUAAAAGUGGCACAUUUAGAAAUUUAAAAAUCGAAGUGAAAAAAAGUUUUUUUAGCAAUUUUUGUAAAACUAUGUAGCAUUUAAAUUUCCUAUACCUUCUGAUGGGAAUAUUAUAUCCCUGUACAGUGAUGCAAAAUGCACUUAUGUGUAACCAGUGGUGAUUUGGUGCCUGUCUAAAAGGAAGGCCUUUGAGGACACGCCUAUCUGCCACAAAUGCUUUAAAGUGUAUCAUGAGCUAGUCCUAGGCCUCAGAAAGUACUGUAUUUUUUAUUUUUACCUGAUUUGCAGUCACAGACACUGCAGCUUGGUGCUGACACUGGGUCCAGAGUGAGCAUUCUCUUGGACUAUUAGGUGUAUAUACUUUUAAAUACAUCACUGUUGGACAAAUGUUUUAACAGUUUUUUUUUCUGGUUUAAAAACAAAAUUGUAAAUGGAGUAUGUACUUGUAGAGAGUGACAAGGUAUUGUUUCUGUAUGUGCUGUUUUAGCAGUAUUUUAACCAACUUGUAUUACUGAAGUUACAGUUCCACGUUAGGAAGUCAGAAAACAGCUUGUGUUUUUGUCUUUGUUCUGAUGAUGUGGAGUCAUGUUUUGUGGGGUCUUUCACGGCACAUUUACCUGUUGCUCCAUCCAAAUGUUGAGGGCCAUUCUAGGCUCACAGAUCCUACCCAAGGACAAGCCUGUUCUCCACUUCUUCACACUCCUCUCCCCAUUAGCAUCUCUCCCAGGUUUAGGUUACCGUUUUCGAUGACAAAUUAACCAAAAAUGUCCCCAUGGGUUUUAUUACUGUUACGUACUAAACUUAACAGUAGGGACCCUAAAUUUUAUUUGUUGCUCCCCCAAUCUGAUACCAAAUGUUUAAAAUUGUUGAAAUCCAAACAUGGAUUUCAUAGUUCAUGCAUGAAUAUUUUCCAGGCUAGAGAGUUAGGCAGCCCAUAGCAUAGAAGGAAUCAAGUAGCAUCUGAGACUGUUGGAGGCCAGGGCAUCUCUGGGCCCUACAGGCUCACAUUACUGUCCUCUGACACUCACACCGAGGCAUCUGUGUGAGGGCAAGUGUGCAUCCAGGGGAACAGCACAGGUUAAUGCAUCUCUCUAGCACUCAUGAAAUCAGUUUAAUUCAUACAUGAACAUGAGUUCAUUUUGUUUUCUAUAGCUUAGAGAUACCAAACCAUCAUGCAUAAUUCAGAUAAAUUCAGUUUGUGUUCAGAAAGGUAUGUAUAGCUGGAAGCAAAAAUUGCGUGUUUUCUCUCCUGUUAAUCUAGAGUGUGCAGUUACACAUCUGUGGAUAAUUUCAUGUUCCGGGGGGCUUGGCAUCUCCUAUGGACUGAUUCCCAGGAAAACAAGCCCAGAGGAAAACCUGUGAUUCCUUUCAAGUAGAUGUGGGAAAGAGCCUAUUGGAGGAUAUGGGGGGUCACCUGUAAAAUUGUGUCAUGUGUGGCUCCUUGUUAGCAGUUAUGUCUGACAUGGGAUUAGAAGGUUCCACAUCUACCCUCUACAUGAUGUAGGGACCAGUGUCUUGUGAUAUUAACCUUGGGACACAGGUGGUUAGCCUGGAGAAAAGAAGAGAGGCCCUCCCUAGACCCAGGGAGAGGAGCCAGUGACACAGGCAGAGCGGUGCAGGCCUCCUUCCUUCCAUUUGGAGUGCCAGGAGCCUGCCCACUCAACUCUGCUGAAGCUAAGUGGACUUUGCUUUGGGGGCUUAUCUCUGAUACGUGUUGGAGCUCUGCCUCUCCACUGCUAGAUGGAACCUGGAAUUUCUCAUCUACCUCUUAGUCGGUCAGUUUCUAUGUGUGAGAAGCAAGCUUGUGGACCAGUGUCCUUGUACAUGCUGUAGCACCUAAAAAAUUCUUCCAGGGUUCCCUGGGAAACCAGUCCCAGGGUUCCUAUGAUGUGUAGUCUCUACCUGGAUUAUAACUGGUAUUGGGUACCUGAAUUUUGAUUGGUUAGCCUUAAUUAUAGUCUGGCAUGAUCAUGUAGAAUCUUUUCUGGUGAUCAGAUCAUAAAGCUCUAUCAAGGCAUCCGUGUCAGUGGUGCUAUGCUGGUUACAACUUGAGAUUUUGAAAUAAAAAAUUUGUCAUAUUCAUGCCUCUAAA